AUGGUUCCUCAAACUGAGGACAAGGUUCCUCAAACCGAGCACAAGGCGCCUCACACAGAGGACAAGGUUCCUCAAUAUGAGGACAAGGUACCUCACGCUGAGGACAAGGUUCUUCACACUGGGGACAAGGUUCCUCACACUGAGGACGAGGUUCCUCACGCUGAGGAAAAGGUUCCUCAAGCUGCGGACAAGGUACCUCACACUGAGGACAAGGUACCUCGAACUGAGAACAAGGUGCCUCACGAUGAGGACAAGGUGCCUCACGAUGAGGACAAGAUUCCUCACGAUGAGGACAAGGGUCGUCACGUUGAGGACAAGGUUCCUCACGCUGAGGUCAAGGUACCUCACACUGAGGACAAGGUACCUCACGCUGAGGACAGGGUACCUCAAAAUGAGGACAAGGUACCUCGCACUGAGGACAAGGUUCCUCACGCUGAGGACAAGGUUCCUCACGCUGAGGACAAGGUACCUCAAACUGAGGACAAGGUAGCUCACACGGAGGACAAGGAUCCUCACGCUGAGGACAAUGUUCCUCACGCUGAGGAAAAAGUACCUCAGAUUGAGGACAAGUUACCUCAAGCUGAGGACAAGGUACCUCGCACUGAGGACAAGGUUCCUCACACUGAAGACAAGGUUUCUCACACUGAGGACAAGGUUCGCCAGCCUGAGGACAAAGUACCUCACACUGACGACAAGGUUCCUCACGCUGAAGACAAAGUUCCUCACGCUGAGGACAAGGUUCCGCACGCAGAGGACUAG